AUACAAAACCGGCACUUUAACCAGAGGAGCUGCUUCUGCUGCAGAACAUGCCACAAAAGAUAACGUACAACAGCCCCUUUUUGGAGGCCGCAGUGGGAUUUGCAUUGGGAGCAGUAGGGGGCAGUAUUCUCGGCGCGACUGAAGACCCGGUCCACCGCUCCCUCUACGCCAUGACUGCCCCCCAGAAAAUGAAGCCUCUGAUAGACGAAGCUCGCACCGUGGGUCCCCUGGGGCUCGGGAGUCUGAUCGGAGCUACGGCGCUAACAACCGCCAUGACAUCGGUGGUCGCCGGGGUCAUCCUCUCCGCCGCUGUUGCUUCAGUUUUCGUUGUUACGAGAAGUUGCAGCGGAGCGAGCCAAACGAACACUGCUGUGUUAUGGGUAACCGCUGGACUCGCCGGGGUUUAUGGGACUACGUCAAGCGGAGGGACUCUUGGAAUUGCCAUAGAGUUGAUUGUGAAAAAUUACGGCAUGAUGGGUCUACUUUGGGGGCUGAGCUUGUUUACUAUAAUAAAAAUACCUUUCCAUUUUAUAUUUAAAACGAUGUUUCAGGCGGAAAUGUGCUGCGGCCUGAACACGGUUUGGGAAAAAGAAAGGGAACGAAUUGAAAAAUCAGAUUCUGAACAACGACAACGAGUGGCCGUGCAAAUAGAGCAACAAAUCUUGAGUCUGGAAAAUGGAGACGAAACAGGAAGUCCAGAAAAACGCGAGCAGUGGGCGAGUGAGAAACGCCAGAGGGAAGAGCUAGAGAGGAAGAAGAUGGCAACAGAAGAAGCUGAAAUAGAGCAGCGUUCAUUACAAGACUGGAUCAACACCAUAGUGAUGAAACAUAUUGACUUUCUGGCGUUUUCCGGUAUUCCAAUGACUUUUGUAGCCAUUAUAACUUCCGUAAUCGGCGUGUACGGAUACGGUGGACAUCAGAUCGUCAUACCGCUCCUGUUAGGGCUCGUGGCCAUCAUCGCAUACUCUCUACUCAAAACCAGUGAGUUCAAAUUCUGGAUGCUGAUUGGCUGCAUGGGCAUGAUCGCUACGACUGUGGUGGCUUUGCUAACGAUCCACGCGGAGCAGAUGGUUGUUGGCGACGCCUUGAAGCUGCACAAAAUUGGACAAAGUAAAAAAAAAACUGAAGUGGAAACACAAAUGGACUUCCAGGCUUCCUUAGAGGCGUUGAAUGCUGCGUAUUUCGUGGCUAAAGUCUGUCAGCUUGGGUUGGGAGCUACAGUUGGGGGUCCACUGGUUCGACAAGGCGCAGGGGAGGCCAGGGUUAUCGUUGGAGCGGCCAUUUUGGGAGGGGUGCUGCUGCUCGUUGUAGAGGUGCUGGAGCCGGUGCUGGGGGAGGGGGGGAAGGCGGGGGCGAUGCUGGGGGCUGUAGGGGCCACAGGGGCAGCUCUCGGGGCGGCCACGGCUCUGGCAGGUCGGUGGUCAUCCUGGUUUGGGACGAUAGCGACGUUAGCCGGGCUGGUGCUAGGAGCACUAGCUGUGGGAGAGUGGCAUAUAGUGAACAUCGGGCUGCAGCUGCCAGUGGCCUAUGUGUUUGCAAUGACCAACCCAUUUUAAAGUAGUUUCUAUAGGUUUGGCAAAUAAGCUCUAGAGUCAUAAUAACAACAUUAAAUUUGUAGUGAGGAUGACCUGAUUAUUCUCAAUUGCAGAUUCACAAGCAAAGACCACGCCACAACUGGUAUAAAGUAAAGAUAUUUAUGAUGAUAUGAACACAUGUGGAGGGGGGUCUCAGGGCGGGGCUCUGGGUCUCAGGACAGGUCUUGGCUGAAAGAUGAACAAGAAACACAGGGUAUAAAUAGGGCUUGUGGGCAAUGGAGGAGCAGGAGGAGGUGGAGGAACAGGAGGGGGAGUCUUGGUCCUGCUCCUGGAUCUCAGUCAGUCGUAUUAACUCCAUUUAUUCAUUCAGCUGUGUUGUUUAAAAAUGUAUUAGGCUCUGAAGUUAGCAUUAGCGCCUCUGACCCGACCCACCCGCAGCUCUGCCCUCUGACCUAACCCUGACCUCUGACCUGUGACACACCUGCAGCUCUUUGACCUCUGAUCUGACCCCUGACCCAAUCACGGCUCUUUUACCUCUGAUCUGACCCCUGACCCACCCACGGAUCUCUGACCUCUGACCUGGAGGAUGUUUCAGUGUGACUCUGUAAAAGCCUCACAAACUUUAGUGAUCACUGCUUUGUCUUUCUUUGUCAGUUCUUAACUGUUGUGCACAUUAAAGCUGCAUUGUGUCAUUUUUCUGUUGGAGGGUCCAUCACCUGUUUCCAUGGAAAGUUACUGUUUAGUUUGGAAUGUCCCGUAGUUUGGCAUUAAAUGUAUUUAUCUCAAUGGAGAUAAGCAGAUUUGUAUGUAUUUAUUUUUGUUGCUAUAAAUAAGGGUGUAAUGUAGACAUUAAAUGGCAUACCGUGGAACAUUUCAGGAAAAGAAUAACAUCUCCAUGGAGACAAGGAUGUGGCAGAUUAACAACAAAAAGUUACAUAGAGCAUCUUUAAAUGUAUCAUAAAAGUGUCUCUAACAUCAAAACUGUGGUGUUUAAGGUGUGAACAAACUGUAACACAGAGUCUCAUAAAUAAACAUGUGUUUUUUCAUUCUUGGUGUUUUCUGCAGAGAUCCUGCAGGGCGUAGGGUCAUGUGACAGAAGAACUGACUCGUUAAAAAUAACCCUGACCAUCAGCGGUCAGAUGUCUGGACUCGGCGUCUCUUUAUGUUACUACUUUGUAUAUUUUAGAUACAAACAGCUGGGCACUGGUGUAUCCAGAUCACCUCUAAAACAGUAUUAUUAAUAAAAAACAGCACAACAG